GAGGUCGAAAAGUUGUUAAAUGUCGGACAUAUCAAGAGGAUCCAGUUCCCAGAAUGGUUGUCUAACACAGUGAUGGUGUCCAAAUCAGGGGGAAAGUGGAGGAUGUGCAUCAACUUUCGCGACUUGAAUAAGGCGUGCCCGAAGGAUCUAUACCCAUUGUACCAACUGGUAGAUUCCACGGCGGGAUGCGAACUGUUCAGCCUAAUGGAUGCCUCUCAAGGUUACCAUCAAAUUCCCUUGGCGAAGGAAGAUUGGAAAACGGUGAGCUUCAUAACGAGCAAAGGCACCUAUUU